GGUCUGGGCUGCCCUCUGCUGCUGCUUCCACCGCAGCAUCGCGACCGCCGUGGCGGUCGUGCGUGCCUCCUCGGACUGCUUCUUGGACCUUCCGUCCCUGGUGCUGCAGCCGAUCCUGGCGAUGCUGCUUCAUCCCUCCCCCUCCCCUCGGUGUUUGCGCUGCUGGGCUGCGGGUUGGCGCUCCUGCUAUCGUGCGGGAGGGUCACGCCGAUGAGCCUCGAGGACUACGCGGUCGUCGAGGGCCUCUCCGGAAGCGAAGCCAGUGGAGUCUUCCGGUUGCUCAAGUACCACGGCUAUCAGGCCUACUCCCUCGGCCUGUCCUUCCACCUGGGUUCCCUCGCCAUGGGCUCCUUCGUGGUCGCCUCGACACGGCUCCUCCGGCUGGCACUGAGCUUCGCUGCCAAGCAGGCUGGACCUGCCGAUGGCCGCGGUGGAAGAGGCCCUGUGGCGUGCUUCACGUGUGCCCUGGCUUGCAUUCAGAGAUGGGUGGAGUUCCUGAACAAGAACGCCUACGUAGACAUCGCGGUGAACGGCUCCAGCUUCCUCAGUGGAGCCCGCAGCGCCUUCUCGGUCCUCGCGCACCGCAUGCCAGAGGUGGGCGCCCUGAACGGCGCCUGCUGGGUCAUCGGCGGGGAGCAAUUACGGCCAGCGGUAUUGCGGUGGUUUAUUUGAUCUUGGCGCACGUGGCAGUAUUCAACCAGCGCGAUAGCGAUUGGUAUGUUCAGGAGCGGGUGCCCGUGUUGGUCUUGGCUGGCCUGGUCAGCUUCCUUGUCGGCCACGCCUUCAUGACGAUUUUCGACGUGGUGCACGCCCAGACAUUCGCUGUACGCGCACGUUCGCGAAGCAUGCUUCUCUCAUCCGCGGUCACUCUCAAACGCUUGGUCUCGCCGCUGCUGGAAGGUCAUUGCGUAUGUGGCCUCGGGCUGACUGUAUCGACACACAUACGGGUAGGUUAUUCACCCAAUUGUUCAUAAUCGGGGUUGUUUUUGGAUCGUGCUUCAUUUCAACAUGCAUAUGCUUUUCUUUAGGUCGAUUGUGUAUCUGCUCGUCGUUUGUCCGCUUCUACAGUUGGCACCCGUCUCUCCAGCUUCGUCCUCCAAAAUAUUCCCCCUGCCUCUCCGAGAGCAACCAGCAUGAAGCAACGAGCGCGCUAUCGAAGCGUGGACAACAAACGUUUGAGUGAUCUGCAUUUGAUAUUAUGCCGCUUGCGAGGCUCGCGACUCCGCGCUCGAUCAGUCUCUCUAUUUCCCCCCUCGACAGAGCAUUGGCCCUCCCUCUCAGUUUCUCUCCUCUUGCGUUUCUACACAAACUGUGAUUUGCCACCUGCGCGUACCAAUCCCGAAACUGUGGGCUUUCGUUAUUUCUGCGAGCCGAGGUGUCCGAUACCAUCCUGUAUUGCAGAUGCAUUGAGGAAGUCAGACGUCAAGAAGGCGAUUACUUUUUGUCCUGUGCAGAUCAUCGCAGAUCAUCAUGUUCUAGUCUUCUGCUUGUUGAACCAAUGUCCUCAAUUCUGAGGGUACUAAGGUCCACGCCCUCACCUGAAUAAGCACAUCGUUUGUCUUUGAUUGCACACAUUGUGCCAUCGUUCGCACGCCCUGCUCUAGGUCAAUAUUGAGAUGUCACGGAGUGGCUACAUUCUCUUCAGUCGGUGUGUGUAUAUAGAUGGUCGACGUGUUGAUGAUAUCCCUGACAUUGUUGCAAGAUCUUUCGUACUAGCAUCAGAUGUUGUGCAAUCGGCAGUGUCAUCAUGGGCGUCGGAGUGAGCCUUAGGCUAAACCCUGUCAUCACCACCGUUUUCUCCACAAGGUUCUGAAUAAAUAGUCUUCAAUCGUGUCUUCCGGCAGAUGGCGACAAUCCUCGGUCAGCAAAUUUUGUUCUCAUUGACAUCAUCUUGUCCAGCUUAUUCCUAAGGCGAGCUGGAACUCGACAGACAGUACGCACCCAAAAGCUUAGUCACCUUGAUUGAGCAGGAGUGCCCAGCUCUGCGUGAUAGUAGCGGCUCCGACAAGCAGGUUUUUCCUUGACAAGGUAUCGGUCAAGCAUGGCAUCAUGCACGCAUUGCCCUGGUCAUCAGCCUGCAAAAAGCACGCUGAUUGAGCCGAGUGGCAGGGAAUGACCGACGCAAAGGUCCAGUACGAGCGAGGAUUGCAGGAAGGACAACACAUAUUUGGAGUACAUAUGGCAUGUUCUUUACAUUCUGGGUGAAUUCAGGGCUGCUCCCAGAAGACGGAGCAGAACUCAUCGGCUGGACGCCGCCACAAUCAUGUUGGCUCCGUUCGUUUUGAGGCCGAUCUACCAUUUGAAGGCCAACACGGUCUACGCAGGCAAGGCACAUCUGCACGCGUCAAGUGAGCGCAGCACAGGCUGCGCUGGAAGCCUCCCAGUUGCAACUGCGUGACUGUCGCCUGACCUUCCUGUAGGAGAAAACACACAGCAAAGCCGGUGUGUCUUAAUCCAGCCAGACAGACAUUCAGGGUGGAGUCACGUACCAUAUUUGUGAAGUGUGCAGCGCCCUGGAAAGAAA